AUGGAUUCAGUACAGCUCAUUCUAGCCACAGCAGUGCUAGGGCUUGCUAUUUUUUUGGUGGUUUUCACUCUUCAAGGAAAGAAGGUCACUGCAGGAAAAGUCAAAUCCCAAUACCAUAAGCCUACGUUCUUGGUUGUUGGAGCCAAUGGAGCAGGUAAAACGUCACUUUUCUAUAAGUUGCAAGAUGGAAGCCAGCAGGUGAACACGGUUUCUUCGCUUGAACCUAAUUACGGGAAGAUCUCAAUUCCUUUUAGUAAUCCAGCCAUUCUGAAAGACUUUCAGUUUGUGGAUUGGCCUGGUCAUUUGAAGUACUCGCAGCUUUUGCGUAAGUUGAUCAUUGAAGACGUGACGGUGAAAAACCUCAAGGGGGUGAUUUUUGUCAUUGACUCUUCCAGUCAGAGUCUUGGCCAGGAAGGCAAGGUUGCUGCUAUUGCUAAGUUUUUAUAUGAUUUGUUGAGCAUUACAGAGAAGACUCCUAUGGGAGUGGACUAUCUUUUCGCUAUUAACAAGCAAGACUUGUUCGACACGAAGCCGGUGUUUAAGGUGAAAAGUUUGAUUGAAGAGGAAGUUUCUAAGCUUGUUCAGGAGGAGCUCAGUGCCAAGGGCCUGGCUCGUGGCGGUUCAGGGAUCGAUAACGAUGACGAGGAGGAAGGCUUCUCCAAGGAAGAGUCAACCAAAGAGUUCUGGAAGUCGCUCAUGGGCCGUUCAACAGCGUUCAAGUUCGAGCGUUUGGAAGGCAACAUGGAGUUCAUUGGCGGAUCAGCGCUCAAGAACAAGCUACUGAACUGGCAGAACUGGUUCGACGAGAAGGCCAUGAACUACGGCGGCAUGUAA